AUGGGUAUGACUGUCGCCUGGGGGUAUCUAUGGCAUGUGCCGAUAUCGCUCAUUCUUGGUGGUCACCACUGUCCGGACGGGGUCAACACAUAUCGGGCAUCUCAUUUAGCUCUAGUCAAUCAGAGAGGCGAGGAUGAAGUAGGACUGUUUGGCAAAUACCACAUACCACGCACACAUCGCUCCCUUCUUCGUGUAACUAGGUUCUUGUUGGCCGACUGUUUUGAUAUGUCCGAUACUUGCCCAGCCCAGGCUUAUUUCCAAAAGUCUGGGUUCCAUUCCAUGGGGGAAACUGGGGGAAAAAUGGGCAUUUCCGCCCAGAAUUUGUUUGAUCCAUACAAUUACAGCAAUCAAAUGGUUCUCCCAUCAAAUAUGUUUCCCCUGCAUUUUUUUUUUGGCCCUCCCAUUCCUCCCGGCAUAACCCGUGCACACCACGUAUUUUCGACAUGGAUAGGCCAUCGUCGUAUCCCUCCUGCACUCAUUUUAGAGUGGAAGAUCAUGCAAAACGGCAUUUGCGUCUACGCUGAAGUUCGCCGUGCUGUCACGUGA